AUGAAUAAAACGCAUACGGGGGAGAAACCUUUCAAAUGCAAUGAAUGUGGGAAAACUUUCUCACAGAAGUCACAAUUUGCUGAUCAUCAGAGAACACACACAGGGGAGAAACCCUACAAAUGUACUGAGUGUGGAAAAUCCUUCUACUAUAAGUCAGCCCUACAAGUUCAUCAGGGGAAGCAUACAGAAGAGAAACCCUAUAAAUGUACUGAAUGUGGGAAAUCCUUCUGCUAUAAGUGCCUGAUUAUACAUCAAGUAUCCCAUACAGGAAAGAAACGCUAUGCCUGUAAUGAAUGUGGGAAAACCUUCUGUGUGAAGGCAAACCUCACUAAACAGAAAAUUCACAUGGGAUUGAAACCCUAUGAGUGUACUGAGUGUGGCAAAUCCUUCUCUACGAAUUCGAUCCUCACUGUACAUCAAAGAACUCACAUGGGGGAGAAACCCUACGGGUGCAAUGAAUGUGAGAAGUCCUUCUACAAAAAGUCGGCACUCACUAAACAUCAGAAAACUCACACGGGGAAACCACACAAGUGUAAUGCAUGUGAGAAAGCCUUCCUUAUGAAGUCGACCCUCAUUAUAUACCAGAGAACUCACACUGGGGAGAAACCUUUCAAAUGCAAUGAAUGUGAAAAGUCAUUCUAUGUGAAGUCGCUACUUAAUAUUCAUCAGAGAAAUCACACAGGAAAGAAACCCCGUGUAUGUAAAGAAUGUGAGAAAGCCUUUUCUAUGAAGUCAAACCUCACUGAUCAUCAGAAGACACACUCAGAAGAGAAACCCUACGAAUGUAAUGAAUGUCAGAAGACCUUUCACCAUAAGUCAACCUUAAGUGUACACCAGAGAACUCAUACAGGGGAGAAACCCUAUAAGUGUAAUGAAUGUGGGAAAGCUUUCUAUAUGAAGUCAGCCCUCAGUCAGCACCAGAGAAUACACACAGGGGAGAAACCUUACGAAUGUAAAGAAUGUGGUAAAACCUUUUUCCAGAAGUCACACCUCACUAAACAUCAGCGAACACACACAGGGGAGAAACCUUACGAAUGUAAAGAAUGUGGGAAAAAUUUCUUCCAGAAGUCACACCUCAUUGAACAUCAGAGAACACACACUGGAGAGAAGCCCCGUGAGUGCAAUAAAUGUGGGAAAUCUUUUAAGUCAGCCCUAACCAUACAUCAGAGGGCUCACACAGAGGAGAAACCUUAUAAAUGUAAUGUAUGUGAGAAGUCUUUCUGUAUGAAAUCACACAUCACUGUACAUCAGAGAACUCACACAGGGAAGAACCUCUUUGAAUGUAAUAAAUGUGGGAAAACGUUUUAUGUGAAGUCAAACCUCAAUCAUCAGAGGACCCACACAGGGGAGAAGCCCUAUGAAUGUAAGAGAUGUGGGAAAUCCUUCUGUAUGAAGUCAGCACUCAUGGUGCACCAGCGAACACACACAGGGGAGAAGCCCUAUGAAUGUAAUGAAUGUGGGAAAGCCUUCUGCAAGAAGUCAACUCUCUCUAAACAUGAGGUAAUUCACACAGAGAUACCCAAAGUGGCAGCAAAUAUGGAAAAUACUCCUGUGUAAAGUCACAUUUUGUCACACCUGAGAGAACUCACAGGAGAAACUGUAAGCUCUCUUAUAUCAGAGGACUUGUCAGGAGAGAGAUUCCCUGAGAACAUUAUUAGUAUCCACCUACAGAUCCACUAUAUGCUUCAGAGAAAUCACAGGGGAAAGGCAUCAGAAGUAUUAAAGCAUUUACGAAGUCACAACUUACUGAAUAUCAGAUAAUUGAUAUUGGAGUGAAACUGUAUAAAUGUUUUACGUACAAGUGUUUAAGAAGGAAACUAAACUCUACUAUAUAAGGAGUUAAUACUGAGGGGAAAUCUAUCAAUUUAGGAAAUAUGGAUACAUUUUUUUUUCCCUCCAGAAAUAAUGUAAUACUGGAAGUCAUGAUUCUCAUGUGGUACCAACUUUUGAAAAUGUGACCUAAGAUCUGUCUAAUGCUAAUGAUACUCGUUUUGUAAUAUGAAGCCUUUGGAAACACAGGUUGCAGCAGCAGAUUGACAGCAUUAGACACGUGAAGUGUACCUCAGGUAAGAAGGGUUAGGCGUGUUAGCAACAUACCUAUGUUGUGUGUUUGAUUUACAUGGUGGAUGUCAAAAUGGUUGUCAGUAGGAGAUAUCUCCCCAUAGCUUAAUAAUUAUUAUGACAGAUUUCUCACGCUAAAUGCCACCAGUGUUUGUAAUUUGGUAUACAGUAUACAUUUUAAGUGAAAUACUGACAGAUUUGAAGUACUGUACCACAACAUAUUAUUGAGAAAAUCAAAGUAUAGAAAACUGUCCAGCGUGCUACCUUUUGUGUAAGAAUUGAGAGGAUUCUCACACAUAUACACAAUUACUUAUUUUUGCAAAGAAGAACACUAGAAGGAUAAACUACAAACUAUCAAAUACCUAGGGAGGCAGAAGUGAACAGGAAGGUAGAGAUAGGGGUGGAAGCAAGGUUUCUUUGAUUUUACCUUUUUAUGGAAUUUUGACUUUUGAACAAAUGUAAAUGAUUUAUAUAUUCAAAAGUAAAAAUAAGACAUUCUGAAAUUGAGGGCUUCCCUGGUGGCGCAGUGGUUGAGAGUCUGCCUGCCAGUGCAGGGGACACGGGUUCGAGCCCGGGUCUGGGAGGAUCCCACAUGCCGCGGAGCAACUAGGCCCAUGAGCCACAACUACUGACCUGCGCGUCUGGAGCCUGUGCUCCGCAACAAGAGAGGCCACGAUAGUGAGAGGCCUGCGCACCGUGAUGAAGAGUGGCCCCUGCUUGCCCCAACUAGAGAAAGCCCUAGCACAGAAACGAAGACCCAACAUAGCAAUCAAUCAAUCUUUUUAAAAAAAUUUUGAAAUUGAAAACAAAUCAACUUAAUAUCAAAUUGGCAACUCAAUCACACAAAAGAAAUAAUUCUUUGAAGAAACUUCUGAACUCCAUAUUAUGACUAUACACCCUUAAUGGGAUGUGUUUAAGGACAAAAAGACCUGUAAAAAAUUAUAAAAUCAUCAAUUUUCUUAAUAAUAUUGGUAUUUAUUUGAAUCUAUUUUGUAUAUAUUGUAGGAUAAAGCAAAAAUAAAUUAUCAAAGUUACUAGGAAUCAAAACUUCCAGUUUAAAAGAGACAACCAUAAAAAUCAAAGAAUGUAUGUAAAACUCCCUAUAAUGAUAAAUAUAGAUUGAAAAUAUUGCUCAUUUGAAAAAUUAUGUAUUUCAUAGCUCUGUCCAGCAUUGCCCCCUCCAAGGCACCAGGACUCCCUGGAGAAAGAGCUGAGUCUAGGUCUGGGCCCUGAGUGUCCAGGGUGAGCCUGGGACAUCUUGGUCAAAAACCAAGGAAGCACGUGAAUGUCAAUGGGGAUGUGUCAGAGGUCAAAUGUGAGGUAAUUUGAUGGUCAGACAAAAUGACUGACUAUCACAUUUUAAUAAACAAUCCGAGUCUGCAGCUCAGUUCAUUUCCACCAUUGGAGGCAAAUCUUAAACUCCUUACUCUGUAAUUAGAACUAGGUUUUUACCCUGUCCUUUUUAGUAGGAGCAGCUUUUCAUCUCCAGUUGUGGGAAGACUUCUGUUGUAGAAAAAUGCCAGCUCAUAAAUGUAGAAGGACUGACUGCUAAUUUGCAAUCUCUGGUGCAUCUAGAUCAUUAGAUGGAAAGGAAGCGGUAUUUGUGUAGAGACAGAGUGUCCCCCACAGAUAUCUUACACACUGAAGCUGGGAAAAAUGAACCUGGACAAUUGAAUGAUUGCCCCACUUUAACCAAGUGAUCAAAUGAGCAGCAGUGACAUUAUGUUUUUUGAUUAGAUGUAAUAUGAAGUACUUACAUUGCACCGUGGAGUACUCUUACCAAAAUAUUUAAUGUGAAUCUAAUCAAGUGUUUAUUAGUCUUUAAGUUUACAGGAAACACAGGAGAUAGAGGAACAGCUUUUUUGGAGAAAACAAUCAGACAAAUCUGGAAUGCAGGGUAUUUUUCAAGACAGCUAGCCUGGUCUUCACAAGUCAGUGUCAUUUUUAAAAAGAAAUGCAGGGAAAGAUUUUUCGAUUCAGAGAAACUAAAGAGACAUGAUCAAAUGUAGUGCAUGAACCCUGAUUGGAUCCAAAAGACAUCUGGUUCAAAAAGACAUCUACGUAGAUACUUUGGAGAUAACUGGAGGAAAUUGAAUGUGGGAUGGGAAUUUGAUGAUAUUAGGGAACUAGAGUUAAUUUUCUUAAGUGAUAAUUGUGGUUAUGAAUGUGUUUCUGAGGACACAUUUGCUGACUGGAGAGAUGAGCUCUCAUGAUAUCUGCAGCAUUGAAGUGGUCCAGGGGAAAAAUGCAUAUAUAAGUAAAUGAAGUACAAAUAGCAAAAUUAUAGCAAGUGUUGAACUUAGUGGUAGGCACAUGAGUAUUCACUAUAUUUUUCUUAAAAGAGCUCUGAAAAUUUUUGUAAAAGGUUUUGGAAAAGUAUCACAUCACUUAUCUACUCUCUUACUGUCUUCUGGCAUACGUAUAUAAAAGUUCCCAUUGUUACUGAUUUGCUCUUCAAUAAAGAAACCAAACAAUGCCUUUCAAAAAAACAAAAAGUGUUUGUCUUGGGUUUAGCUGGUGUGAUGAAAAUGUCCACUAAAUAUGCAAAGGCGGGUACAGCACUGUUACCAGCACAAGCCUGUGUUCAGCAAUACUGAGAACAGCAGUGCUCCUUAUGCUAAGAAUUGUGCCAUGUGCACCCUUACUUUUCCUGCUUCUGGUGGGACUCUAAGGGCUACCUACAGAGGUACAGUGCUUGUAGCCCAGGCAUUAGGAACCCAGGAACCAUUUGCCUAAUAGGACACUGGGUACUGUGCCCUGAUUCUUGCUUUCUGCUUUUCCCUGUUUCCUGGCAGCAGGUUGGCAGGCUACUCUGCACUCCCUCCUUUUGGGAGAGCCUUGAUGUGGCCUGUUUUUCCUCCCCUCACCAGGGACUGUUUCUGGCAAUGGCCCAUAGGAUGUUUAGGGAAAAGUUCUGGGUGAUUUGAUAAGACAUGAGCAGAAUGGCAUUGUCUGUCCGGAUACAACCCUUUGGUUGCAUCUUUUUUAUUAUUAUUUAUUAUUAAUUGUUUUUGCCUGCGUUGGGUCUUUGUUGUGGCAGGUGGGCUCUUCGCUGUGGUGCCUGGGCUUCUCUCUAGCUGUGGUGCUCGGGCUCAGUAGUUGUGGCGCGCAGGCUUAGUUGCCCCAUGGCAUGUGGGAUCUUAGUUCCCCGACCAGGGUUAGAACCUGUGUCCCCUGCAUUGGAAGGCGGAUUCUUAACCACUGGACCACCAGGGAAGCCCCCCGUUGGUUGCAUCUUGUGACUCAGAGCUAGUCGUCUGAAGAUGGGGAGCAAAGAGAUGGAAGAAAGUGGGCAGUGAUGACCCAGAAUGGUGACCUUACCAGCUCUGAAGCUGCUCUGUAUUGGGAAGACCUGAGGUCAUGUGUAAGCCUGUUGGAGUUGAGAUUUUUCUGUCACUUGGGGCUGUAAGGCAUGCUAACAUUGCAGAGGUAUGCAUUUUUAAAAAUUAGCCAUUCACAAGUGUUAGAUAUAGGAAUUUGGGGGCAAGAAUAAUUUCUUUGAGAAAAUGAUUCAGCCGCUGCUUUCUGCUUUGUAAAUUUCCAUGUAAUGAAGAAAUAAUGUUAUUUCUUGUUUGAGAGAAAUAGAGUGCAGGAGAUUUCCUCUUGGCACCUAGUUACAUAUUAAGUAUUCUUUCUCUUUAUAUGAAACAACCUUUUAAAAAUUAAAUGAAUUUUUCAUUGAUCUUUAACCACUUUUUUCUUGACAAGAUGUGGCUUGAUGUAAGUAAGGGUCUGAUUUUUAUUUUUCUAAUGAAUUGCUAGUUGUCCUUACACCAUUUAACUAAUCUUUUUGUCGCUGAUUUGAAAUAUGAUCUUUAUUGUGGCUUAAAUUUUCAUGUGUAGUGGCUUUGCUUCCUGUCUGCUCAGCACCGUUCCCUACAUCCUUCCAGAAAGAAGCUGAGACCCCAGAGCUGGCACAUUUCCUGGUGGGCCAGUCACAGCACCAUCUUCCUGGCCCAGUUUGGUUGUUCCCAGGAUGGACACUUAAUCUGAGAGGCCAGGGAGAGCCAAUGGGAGUUCUCACAGGGGUUUGCAAUAGCAGAUGAUUGUAGACCAGUGGUUGGUCUGUUUUGACCUUGGAGCUGCAGGCAGCUUGGUUACAUUGUCUUAUUUGCCUUCUCUGUCCUGACUCACAGGUUGUAAGUACUCUGGUUCUUUCCAGGUUUUUGUUUUAUUUAUAUAGCUAAUAUUUUACACUUGUGCUAAUUAAAGUGGUAUUUUAAUUGCUCUUGCUUUGUAACACUUCUCCAAGUCCCUCUUCAUUUCUAUUUUUCAAGACUUUCUUGGCUUUUCCCACAUUAGUUCUUAGAGGCGACCUUUAGAACGGAUUUACCAGGCUCCUCUCCGGAGCUUUUUGGGAUUCUGAUUGAAUUUAAAUUUAGUCUCAAGUAGCUGCCUACUGAGUGGCACUCCUAAUCCCACUGGCUGGACCACUUCCCCCCAACCAGAGGCAGGGCUCAGAGACAGUUUCUGUUGGUCUUUCUCCUGUGAGUGGGCCAUACUUUGUUUCUUUGCAUGUUUUGCUGAAAACUAGACAUUUUAAAUAUGAUAACGUGGGAACUCUGGAAAUCAGAUUCUCCCCCUGCCCCAGGAAUUUUUUGUUGUGGGUUCUUGUCGUUUGCUUCCUUAUUGACUUUUCUAAACUAUUUUUAUAAGUCUAUAUUCUUUGUCAUGUGUGGCCACUUAACUCUUUUUAGUUUUUAUUUUAUACUGGAGUAUAGUUGAUUUACAAUGUAAUGUUAGUUUCUGUUGUACAACAAAGUGAUUCAUAAAGAUUCAUAAAGAAUAUAUGUAUUAUUUUUCAUAUUCCUUUCCAUUGUGAUUUAUUACAAGUUAUUGAAUAUAGUUCCCUGUGCUAUACAAUAGGUCCUUGUUAGUUAUCUAUCUUAUAUAUAGUAGUGUGUAUAUGUUAAUCCCAAACUCUUAAUUUAUCCCUCCCCACUGCCUUUCCCCCUUUGGUAACCAUAAGUUUGUUUUUGAAGUCUGUGAAUCUGUUUGUUUUGUAAAUAAGCUCAUUUGUAUCAUUUUUUUUUAGAUUCCACAUAUAAGUGAUAUCAUUUAUUUGUCUUUGUCUGACUGACUUCACUUAGUAUGAUAAUCUCUGGGUCCAUCCAUGUCGCUACAAAUAGUGUUAUUUCAUUCUUUAUGUCUGGGUAAUAUUCCAUUGUAUAUAUGUACCACAUUUUCUUUAUCCAUUCCUCUGUUGAUGGGCAUUUAGGUUGCUUCCAUGCCUUGGCUAUUGUAAAUAGUACUGCUAUGAACAUUGGGGUGCAUGUAUCUUUUCGAAUUAUGGUUUU